CUCCGGUGUCUAGUCGAUCCUUCGCCGUUCCGCGCAGCGUAGCACCAGCAACAGUUCGCAGAAUCAGUGGAAGAAGUGUCCUCCCGUAGUGCCACACACAGACAUUCCUUCUAGGAUUCCAGAAAGUUUUGCUGAGAACCAGAGAGAGCGAGAGAGAGAGACCUCAAGUUCAAGAGAUGGGUCACCUUAGUACCGUUGUCGUAGCGCUGUUGGUGGCGCUGAGCGUAAGCUGCUGGGCGGCACCGACGGCAACGAUCAUCCAGCCGGCGGCCACCCAUCAGUACUACCUGAUCCAACCGCAACCGGCCACGCUCAAGAUUCAACCGAGCCUCAUCCAACCGAUCCAGCAGCUGAAGCUGGAACCGAAACAGUACGUCUACUACUAUCCCUCGUUGCCGCUCGCUACCACGACCACCACCACGCACCAGUACACGGAGCCGGGCAAACCGAUUCGACUGAUCACGCUGAAGCAGGAGGAGGGCGGUAAUGGUGGCAACUGGUGGUCGUCGGUCUUUGGUUUCUUCCAACCACCCACCACCGAGAUGCCGGCCGGUGAGAGCGAAACGACGGAAGCACCGGCAGCGGCGGCCGCAUCCCAGAGUGCCCCGGAGAAGAAGCUCAUGUUUAUGGCCCCACCGAGUGAGAAGGCGUCCGCAGAGACACCGGCCUCGACCAGUGGACUCCCCCAGCGUUACUACAUUCUCAGUGGAACGCCCCAGUUUUAUGGGAACUUUGAUGCGCUCCAGAAUCCGUUGAGUCCGAUCUUCAGUCUGCAGCCACUGCAGGCCAUCCAUGCCCGGGGUGCCAACGGGGCCGAUAUUCAGGCGGAAGAUGAGCAGUUGCCACGCUUCCAGGCGCAGAUUGUGUCAUCGCUUGCACCGAUCGCACCCGUACCGGCCGCCGUACCGGCUCAGCUCAAGAACGAUCUGCUCGAAUCGCACCAGGACAAGGAACAGACGAUCGAUCGUGCUUGGGGUCGUUCGCUUGAUGAUGAGCAGCUGCCAGCACCGGAACAGCAGCAGCAGCAGCAGCAGCAGCAGCAGCAGCAGCAGAUUGUGAUGAUGCUGGAAGAGGAACCGGUGAUCGUGCAGGGACGCUCGAAGGAACCGGAAGAGGAGCAACAGCAGCAGAUCGUGGCCGAUGAGGAGGUGCCAGAGUCGCAGCAACCGCAGCAGCGCAGCGUCAACGAUCCGGCCAUCGCCGCCGUCAAACCCUCCGGUAACUUCUUCGACGAGGAAGACGACGAGGAGAAGAAGAAGAAUAAGACGAUGUAAAGCCGAUCGAUGCUGGCACCCGAUGGCCGGAUGAUGAUCGACUUGCCCCACGCACCGCUUUCUUCCCGGAGGGGCGACCUUAACGAAUCAGGAUAUUUCUGGUAUACGAACAAACAAAGGCGGAGGAUCGGAGGGAUCGAGAGACAACAUGGAAAUGGAUGGAAUGGCAGGAGGAGAAGAGAGACAGAGUGGGAAAGAGGCGAGAGAAGGAUUUCAAAUCACAGGAACCAAUAAGUCCACGAUACUCGAUCGAGUUGAUUAGCGUAAUCAUCUCUUAGGUUUUAGGUGUCUCUAUAUAAAUACACAUACACACCAACGCACACACAACAAAAUACGCACACUCGUACACAUUGUGUCUGUGCAAACGGACUGAAGCAUAGCCCACCUUAUCACCGCACGCGAGUUCGCUGGAUCUCGCUCUCGACUCUCAACCUCAACCUGUGUCUCGUCAUCAUUCAUUCCAAUCCAUUCGAAUUCAAUUCCCUGCACUCUGCAUUCACUCAUAAGCACUCCUUAUCAUGCUCAUCAUCAUCAUCAACAUCAUCAACAUCAUCAUGCUCAUAAUAAAACAAGA